GGGAAGUUUAUCUUCACCCAGAAAUUAGAUAUGAGGGAAAUUGGUUGUUGCGCUACUUGCGAAGACCUUGGGAUUUCCUUACAGUUUUUAUACAGUUCUAGUAACAGUUAUCAUAUCCCUAGUUACGUUGUAUCUAGAUCCGUGUGGAGUUUCUUAGAUUGUAUGAUGUCUCCCAUAAGCAGACAAUACGAAAUUGAAGUAAGAAGACGAGAGGUUCGAGAUUUAAGGAUCCAUUGUGCUUGUGAAAGGCAAAAGUUCAGCCGUACUGUUUUAGACCUAAUUAAUUAUUGUCAGCAGAAUAUCUUAUUAGAUCCCCUUAUUCAUCGUGUUAAAGAUAAUCCUUUCAAUGAAAAGAAGUGGAUGUGCGGGAUGUUCUAAAACUUUCAACAUAAUGAAUGUAAGGAACCCCAAUAUUUUUGUUUGCGAAACGUUUAACAGUCGUAUUGGUUCAUAAGCAAAAUAAAGAAGCUUCGUAACUUUGUUUUAUUUUCACGAGGAAGCAUCAAAGAUUUAUUCAGAUUUUAAGAGAAUAUCUAGUUUACUAAUAUGAAUAACAAGUUUUUUAAAUGCUCUCCGGAUUAUCUGUAUUUCUCAACAUUCGUUACUGUGACCUAGCAUUAUAGUUUAUCUAUCAUGAAGACUACUGAGUUGUUGACCAAAACAUUUGUUAACUGAGGCCCUGGUAUGUUAUGCAAACCAGCUAAAAGAAUCCAGAAGAGAAAACCGGAAUUGUAUCAGGGUGUGGCGGCGCUAGAAUAUUUCUUGUGAAUAGCCGACGUUUCUAUCUUUCCACUCCAUAACCUUAUAAAUUUUCUCACCAGCAAGGUUUACGGCUACUUAGGGAACAUUAGGAAACUAUUGGUGAAAGUCCAUUUAGAGGUCAGCCUUGAGCAACCAGCUCCAAGUAAUUAUUAUCACGCUACCCGUUCUUUUUGGAGGUUUCUCAAGCGGAGAUAUCUUACGUAUCAUACGCAACGCAGAACCUGGCACAUAUAUAAAACCUUUCAGGUUGUUACGUCCCGUUAGCACAGCGAGAUGAAAUUGUCAGAACAAAUCGCAAGGUAGUAAAAGUAUUAUUAGUAUCAGUUAUAAUAUAAAAAGAUGGGACAUCAAAAAUGCUGUUCGUGAGAAUAUGAAUUCGUACGUAUAAUGGGUUCAUGCACUUGGGUUAUUACGAACGGAUCCAGAAUCCUAAGGGAACAAAUGGCUUAUAAACCUAUCGUUGAUCACCGGCUACCAUGGGA